AUGAUCGAAUACGCAAUCUCACCAGGCUGCCUCAUCUUGGUUUCGGGUGCCAACGGUUAUAUCGGAUCGCAUAUCGUCGACAUCUUGUUAUCGAAAGGAUUCCGGGUUCGCGGAACAACAAGGACGAAAAAAGAAGGGCUAGAACGAUAUUUCGAGAACAAGUACGGGAAAGGCGUCUUUGAAACAAUUAUUUUCGCGACUUUAGAUGACCUAGAUGCUUGUACCCAAGCAGUGAACGGCGUCUCGGGUGUUGUACACCUCGUAGCGGACAUUACGUUUAGAUCGGACCCUAACGAAGUAAUCCCCUGGGUAAAGCGUGCAACUCUGAAUCUUCUUGACGCUGCGAGCCAUGAGCCAUCAGUGAAGCGAUUUGUCUUGACGUCCUCAUCCAGCGCUGCAUUGAUACCUACUCCCAACAUCCCAGAAACGGUCACUGAAGCUUCUUGGAAUGAAGUAUCCGUCAAGGCCGCUUGGGAUAGCUCAACACCUGCCGAGACAAAAGGAUACCAUGUAUAUGCCGCUGCAAAGGUUGAGCAGGAACGUUCGGCUUGGGAGUGGGUAAAAGAACAGCAGCCCAACUUCGAGUUCAAUGUGGUUUUACCAAAUAACAAUUAUGGUCGGAUACUUCAUCCUGAAGUCAAUACGUCCACCAUGGGCUGGGUUAGAGAUAUUCUCAAAGGCGAUGAUAGGGUUGUGCGUACAUUUCCUCCACAGUGGUUUGUUGACGUCGAGGAUACGGCUCGACUGCAUGUGGUUGCCCUACUUAAUUCUGUCGUUAAAAACGAACGCAUUUUUGCCUUUGCAUCGCCAUUCAACUGGGGGGACAUAUUCGCGAUUCUCAAGAAACUAAGGCCAAAUAAUAAAUUGAUCCCAGAACCCCCGGUGAACGAAGGUCGUGACAUGACUGAUGUAGUAUUGUCAAAGAGGGCUGAGGCUUUGUUGCUCGAGUUCUUUGGGAAAAGGUGGACUCAUAUUGAGGAGAGCGUGGCCCAUGGAAUUGAAGACCUGGAGUGA